GAAAUAAACCAAUCAAAAGCAUAAAAGUGAGUAGUGUAGUGUCAUUUUAAAUUCCUUAUGUUUAGACCAAAUAACAAUCUUUUUUUUUUUUUGUUACAUUUUCUUUUUCUAUUGAAAUAUGCCCUUUAUUAUCAGUGAAACUAAUUGGAGAAAUAAAUGCUUUGAUUUUCAUCAAUGGUGUAAAAUUAUCUCAAUAGGCUUAAAUGUGAUUUAUAUGAUUCAAACAUUUGAAUAUAUUUACGAAGCAGGCUCACAUAUGGAUGAUCAUACAGUGUCACUCCAGUUUGGAUUUCAAAUUGUUGUUGGAUGCCUUAUGCUAGUUUGUUUAAUAGCUGAUCUUGUGGUUCUUAAUACAUCAAAAUUAGCUGUUGCAGAUUGGUAUUGGAGACCUGAUGUCGUAUUUCAAAACUGCCAACAAAGACUGGUGAAUGCAACAAGAAGCCAAGUCAUUUCAUUGAUUUCAGAGAUCUGUAGUAUGCAAAACCAAUUGAACCAUUUGUAUUCCAUUGGUAUCAUGUUACGAGAUAUCUUGACUUGUGGCGCUUAUGCUACAGCAAGUUAUUUUUAUAUGAUACAUUUAAUUCAGGUAUUAAAAAGAACUGUAGGCACAGCAGAUACAGCGUUACAUGUAAUGACAAAUAGUUACCAAUAUCCUAUUACACAAUAAACUGUAUUUAGUAUCGCCUUCUUCUAUCGUCUCUUCUUCUGUCAUCUCGUCUUCUAUCAUCUCGUCUUCUAUCGUCUUUUCUCCUGUCAUCUCUUCUUCUGUCAUCAUCUCUUCUUCUCUUGUCGUCUCUGUCAUCCUCUUUUCUGGUCUUUGAUCGCUUGGUUUCAAAUACUAAAUCAUAAUCAUCUCGGCUAUUGUCUUCACCU